AUGACAACUCCUCUGAUUCACAGAGAGAGAGGUUUGACCAUCCCGUCAACCGCCGUCUUCAUCGCCGGAGAAAUCGCGGGGACUGGAAUUCUAGCUCUUCCCAGGGCAGUAGAAGAUACAGGAUGGGCGGGCCUGAUAUUGCUUGUACUCUGUGCCAUCCUGUCGACGUACACAGGGAUCAUCCUUGGCGAGGCAUGGACAAUAGCAUCUGAAUUGUUCGAGGACUGUAAAGGUCAUGUACAGAACCCAUAUCAACUACUGGGACAGAAAGCAUAUGGUGCAGCUGGCAGGUAUGCGGUGUCGGUAUGCCUCCAUGUUACGAUGUUCGGUGGAGCAGUCGUCUUUCUCCUCUUAGCCGCCGACAACAUGGAAACCUUAGUAAAGGCCCUGGGACAUGACAUAUCCUUCUGUUUCUGGUUGUUAAUCAUAGCUGGAUUUCUGGUCCCAUUUACCUGGUUUGGUACACCGAAAGAUUUCUGGUUGGUUGCUUAUGGAGCUACGCUAGCUUCUGCGUCAGCUACGGUCAUCAUAGUGGUCAGUAUUGGACUUGAUGCUCCAAACCAAACGUCCACUCAGCAUCAGGGCGCUGACUUUCAGAAAAUUGCUCUAGCAUUAGGGACAAUAGUGUUUGCACUUGGAGGUCAUCCGGCUUUUCCUACUUUUCAAAUGGAUAUGAAGAGACUCAAAGAUUUCAAGAAGGCCGUUUGUCUCGGAUUUGUUAUUGUGGUCCUCCUGUACCUGCCAGUGACAUCUGCCGGGUACUUUGUGUACGGUAAUACGUUGAAUGACAAUAUAUUAAACAACCUUCCAUCUGGGGGUCUGUCCUACGCUGUUCUGUUGUUGGUCACCAUUCACCUAUUGCUAGCCAUUGUCAUAGUAAUCAGCCCAGUUAUACAGGAAGUGGAAAUGGUACUCCAUGUACCAAGAGAUUUCACCUGGAAGAGAUGUGUAACGAGGCUGCUGGUCGUCGCCUGUGUGUUGUUUGUGGCCGAGACUGUACCAAAGUUCAACUCGUUAUUGUCUUUAAUUGGUGGAUCAUCACUGACAAUAUUGGAUUUUAUUUGUCCAAUAUUAUUUCAUAUGAAAAUGCAUAAACUGAAGGUGGAAGCUUCAGAACAAAUCAACGAUAACAAUCGUUUAGAGGGAGUGCACAUACCGUUGUGGAGAAAGGUACUGAACUACGAGAUCCUUGGUCUAGGUGUUGUAGCCGGCGUAGCUGCCUCGGUGUCCGCCAUCAUCAACAUCGUCAGUCCCGAUUCUUUCUCCAUGCCUUGUUACGUCAACAUAAGCAGUGCUGCUACUUAA